AUGGAAAAUCUUCAGUUUCUGGGAAUCUAUGGAAUUCUCCAAGAAACUUUCAAGUUAAUACACAAAUGGAGAAGAAUCUUCACCCAAAUCUCUCUUGCCUUCAUUCUUCCCCUCUCUCUCUUAUCCUUUGCCAACCUCCAAAUCUCCAAUUUCUUCACACCCAAAUUCCUUAAACUAUCCGACCUCGUAUCCUCUGAAACAAUCCAUUACAUCCUCUUCAACUUCGCUUUCUUCAUAAUCUCCACCCUCUUCUCCCUCCUCUCCGCCUCCGCCAUCGCCUCCACCGUCGCCGCUGUCUACGAAUCACGUGACGUCCCCUUCACGCACAUGAUCUGCGCCCUGCCCAAGCUCUGCAAGCGCCUUCUCGCCACCUCUCUAUGCGUCUUCGCAGCCUUUGUAGCCUUCAACAUCACAGCUUUCGCUAUUCUCGCUUUGAUACUGCUCAUAGCCGUUGUGGUCCACGACAUCACCCUCGACUCGGCCGCGACCUGGGCUAUCCUCUUCGUCUUCAUUGUCGCCUACUGCACGGCGGCGGUGUAUUUGACUAUCAUCUGGCAGCUGUCGGGCGUCGUGUCGGUUUUGGAAGAGUCGUGUGGGUUCGAAGCCAUGGCCAGAAGCAGGGCGCUGGUUAAGGGGAAGAUGAUGAUGGUUGUAAAUCUAAUGGCUUUACUGAGCUUUCCUUGUGUGGUGGUUCAGGUUCUGUCAAGUUACAUGGUUUUUGAGGCGGCGGCGGCGGCAGUGAAGGGUAUUUUCGGGAUUGUUUUGGUGAUGUCAUUUUUGCUGUUCGUUUUGGUGAAGCUUGUGGCGGAGACUGUGGUGUAUUUCGUCUGUAAAUCGUGUCACCAUGAGAGUGUUCAUAAGUUGGCUCUCUCCGGCCAUCUACUGGCAGAGUAUAUUCCAUUGAAGGUUGAUGAUGAUGAUGUUCAGCUUGAGAAAUUGCAAGUUGUUUGA